CUACUCAGUUGCUUUUUAACGCUGUGCAUAGUCGAGACAGUAAAGAGUAUAUAGAAUAAUUCACAACAUGAGUUGCGGCACCAAAACACUAAAGAUCUCCUCAUUUAUUUUGGACUUUCUAUGUUGUGUUUUUGGCGCUUUAUCUAUUGCUGCCUGCUCCUAUACCUUGAUUGUAUUCAAAGAGAGUACGGCCAUUCGUAUACCCUGUAUUCUGGGCAUUGUGCUGGGUGUGCUGAUCUUUGGUAGUACCAUUUUUGGCUGUAUAGCGGCGCUACGAGAGAGCAUACGUCUAAGUUGGAUUUAUGCAGCCAUUUUGUUGGCCCUAAUAAUGGCGCAAAUUACCGUUAUAUUUGCACAACCAAUCAACUUUGAUCUGCUCGCAAAUGAGACAAUCAGCAAUGCCUGGCAGAAUCAAUUAUCUAAAAAUACCAGCAUGUCCUACUAUGAAAUAAAGUAUCAUUGUUGUGGCAAAACGGGACCAUUAAAUUAUGCCGACAGUGGAAUGCGAAUCCCAGCUAGCUGUUAUUUGAAUCAGAAUUCAACUAUUACGCCGGAUUUAUUUACCGUGGGAUGCAACACACAAUUGGCAGCUGCUUUCGUCAAAGGCACAAGUUAUGAACGCAUCAGUGACUGGACUGUAGUCGGAAUAGAGUUACUCACUGUGAUGAUUACAGGCCUCUUUGCAAUCACAUUACAAAAUGCCGAACGCAGACGUCUUUACCGAUAAUUCAACGUCACAAUUCACUGUGAACAGUAUUGUAAAAUGUACAAAUAUAUCAUUUUUGAUUUGAUAACAUAAA